CACAGCCCAUAUAUGGGCACUGGAGGCGGAUGCAGCGGCUUCUGCUCCAGCUUCUACAGACAGGAGCCGGUGAAGGACCUGUUCAUCCUGGAUAUCUCCUUCUAGGCAUCUUUCAAAAGACCCUCCACCACCACCACCAUCAAACACUUUUAUCUCUAUGGGAAUCUCUCCUUUUUAAACAGUCUCGGAAUCUGUGGCUUUUCGCACAUCAACUUGUUUCUGAUUAUUUUUGAGAUUUAAGUUUUUUUUUGUUCUGAUGGAUCUUAAUUUUCUGGCUGUUUGAGAAAUUUGAGCCUGGGUGCUGCUGCUGUUGCUGGGUACUGAUGCUCCCUUAACAACAAUGCUCCUAUUCAUUAAGAGAAUGUGCUGCAAAAUGCUUCGAUUUUAUUAGGACUAACUCAAGUAUUUAUGAUCACUGAUUCGGACAUAUACAAGGAUAUAGACCUGCAGUUAACUGGAUUUGAUUUAUAAGGAGGAAAUCAUUAGUAAAUGGCAGCCCUUCUCACUUUGCUACUAUGGAAAACAGUGUUGUCGAUAGAAUGUUGUCUGAUAAAAAGAGCCAAGUGAAGAUUCUGCUUCAGUGAGUAUGAAAUCAAUGGAAGAUUCUACUGGCAGGAUCUCAUUUAACUGAUCUGAUACAAUUCCUUGGACUGUUCUUAUUUUACAUAAGUGGAUACAAAUAAGUUUGCUUUCCCCUGCAGCUAAUGUGGGACUAUGGCAUUUUCAAGGUCCAUGCCAGAAAACUGCUUAUGGAGAGUCAGAAAGCAGAGUUUUCUACCCAAGGGAUUGGAUGUCACGUUCUCGUUGUUUCUGUUUGUAUUUUUGCUUCAUAUAACAACAGUGUGGUCUCAGAAAUUGGAUGAUGGCGAUCCAAUUGUUUCAACAACGUAUGGCAAAGUUAGAGGAGUUAAGAAGGAACUCAAUAAUGAAAUUCUAGGCCCGGUCAUUCAGUUCCUUGGUGUUCCAUAUGCUGCUUCUCCUGUGGGGGAACGUCGAUUUCAACCUCCGGAACCUCCAACAGCAUGGGGAGAUAUCAAAAACACAACCCAAUUUGCUCCAGUCUGUCCACAAAACAUUGUAGGGGGCAGACUACCUGAAGUAAUGCUUCCGGUUUGGUUCACUAAUAACCUGGAUGUAGUUUCUUCUUACGUUCAAGACCAGAGUGAAGAUUGUCUAUAUUUAAAUAUUUAUGUCCCAACUGAGGAUGUCAAAAGAAUAUCCAAGGAUUGUGCCCGGAAACCAGGCAAGAAAAUAUGUAGAAAAGGAGGUAUGUAUUUAUGCUCUAGAUAAAAAGAAUGGAAAAAAGAUGCAAUAGGGAGCUGCUUUUUAGCAUGAACUGACAGGUAGGACUUUUGCAAAAACACUUGAAUGCUAUGGAAACAGAACAAACUUGAAAAGCAUUCUGGCAGUAUGUAUAUUUUUGUCUUGGGUGACACUUCUUUCAACGAGGAGAUAAAGGAUCGGGUAGGUGCCUAGUUUAUGUAGCUACAGGUAAACAUUUAAAUGCCGUACUAAUUAAAAGGAACACAUACUGUAUAUGAUUUUUUCAUAUCAGUUGGUUUUACUAUACAAUACACCAUAUUUAGACAAAGCUGGAGGAAAUCUGAUGGAAAAGUUAAAUGAGUAAUCAGCAGGACCAUUCAAUUGGUUUCCAUGGUGAUUGGUAGAUCGGAAGUUUCCGAAGUGUUCCUGUUGUGCCUUAAUAAUUAAAUAUGAUCCAAUGAACCACUUCUAUAAAGCCUAGUAGAAUGUUGUCCAGCAUUAUGAACUAUAAAAGUAAGUAAGAGAUUUAGAAAAUAAUCAUACGUGUUUGUUAUAGUUAAUUGCCUAAAGGAACACUUAUUUAACUCCAACCCCAGCUACAUCUACUGAAAACGGGGUGCACCCUGCAAUAUGCUUCUUACACAUAUUCAGUAGAAUUCCCAUUCUAUGCUAUGCAUACAUGUGAUUGGCUCCUGCUCCAUUGACUUCAGUGGGAGCGCUACUGAGCAUGUGCAAGACAUUUACAUUCAGCACUUCCUGGCUUAAGUAAAUGCAGCCAGGGAAAUAGUGCUUG